AUGGAUCUUCCCUAUGCCCAUCGCUUGGCUUCUGAGCAUCACUCUGAACAUGGAUGGGGCACCCAGUGCUGGGGUACGUCAGGCAGGUGCCAACAAACAUGGAAAGAGACAGAAGUAUUCCAUAUAUUAUGCCAAGCUGGGGACAAAUGCUGUGUGAAACCCAAGUAUGUUGCUGUGCCACCACGCAAAGAAAACCCCAAGAGAGGACUUCAACAAAUGUCUACAGCUUGA